AGUACUUCUUGAGAGACAAGUGGUGAAGAUUCACUGUUAAGCACCGGUAUCCAGAGUUCUAUGACAGUUGAAACUUACUGUUGACUCAAGUUGGUUGAUUGGCACAGGUUGGUACAGAUUAUAAAAGCUCUAAGAUGGCUGAUAAAAUGAAACUUUGGGGUGUGGUGCCAACCAUACUAGAGAUGAGCAAAGAUCCCACUAACUUCUACAUAGGACGAACACUGUGGUUCAGUGUCACUUUUAUUUAUGUUUCAGUUGUGCAUAUUGUGCAAAUGUCCUGGAUUCAUGUAGAAACUGACUUCCAGUGCCAUGGGAAUAUUUCUGAUGCCUGUCUAGCAGAAUGCUACGAGGACCACUUCACCAAACCUAUUCUAGGAGUUUGGUAUAUGGUUGGCUUUGUUUUUACCUCCUUCUUUUUUGUAAUGGAGUUUGCUAUUCUUUGGGGUAUAUAUAAAGAGAACAUGAUGUUUAAGAAGCAAUCCUUAGAAAAAGAAAACUUAGAAGACAACAAUGCAGAUGAAGCAAAGAAGGAAGAAGAGAUUUUUGACUUGUCCAAGAGAAAGCCCAUAUUGGCAAUGUAUCUUGUCUACUUUAUGCUACAGAUGUCUGUACAGGUGAUCUUCUUGGCCAUCCUUAUGCACUAUCAGGAACCACUGAUUAGAAAAAAGAGUUGGUGCAGUACCGACUUGUGUCAAGGGCCUUAUUUGUGUGUGUUAAUGGGGACAGAGGAGAAGAGAAUGUCCCUAAUAAUUCUGGCCAGCCUCUCAGUAGUUAUCAUGACUUUCUGUAUUAUAUUCUUCAUUUACUCCAUUAAUGAAUAUAGAGUUAAGAGCAUAGCUCUUUUUGAGAGAUACAAGAGCUCUAUAAGAUCCUAAUAGUAGUCCUGAUAAUCAUCAUUGACACACUGUGAAAUGUUUGUAAAACUGACAUAUAUGAUCUUGUAUUAAAGCAAUACAUGCUUUAUUCUUA